CAGUUACCUGACGUCCAUACAACGAUAUAAAAAGGGCAGUCCAAGAACAGCUGGAUUCAGACUUCGACGAGACAGGUGUGAUCUUCGCAACUCUUCAUCGACUCACCUGAGUAGACUGUCGGCCACUCACCGGUCAAACUUUCAUCAAACAGACGCAACACAAGAAAUACAGGGAACCAUGAGUGACGAAGACAUUGCCCUGGUUGUGGAUAACGGCUCCGGCAUGUGUAAGGCCGGGUUUGCGGGGGACGACGCGCCCAGGGCCGUCUUCCCGUCACUUGUAGGACGGCCUCGCUAUCAGCCUCAAAUGAUAGGAAUGGGAAACAAGGACAGUUACGUCGGUGACGAGGCCCAGAGCAAGAGGGGUAUCCUGACCCUGAAGUACCCCAUCGAGCACGGCGUCGUGACCAACUGGGACGACAUGGAGAAGAUCUGGCACCACACCUUCUACAACGAGCUGCGUGUCGCCCCGGAGGAACAUCCCGUUCUUCUGACGGAGGCUCCUCUCAACCCGAAAUCCAACAGGGAAAAGAUGACACAGAUCAUGUUCGAGACGUUCAACUCUCCCGCCAUGUAUGUCAACAUCCAAGCCGUUCUGUCCCUGUACGCCUCCGGCCGCACCACGGGGAUCGUGAUGGACUCUGGGGACGGCGUGACCCACACCGUGCCGAUCUACGAGGGGUACGCCCUGCCGCACGCUAUCGAGCGUCUGGACUUGGCCGGGAGGGACCUGACAGACAACCUCAUGAGGAUUCUAACAGAGAGGGGGUACGGCUUGGUGAACUCAGCUGAACGUGAAAUCGUCCGUGACAUCAAGGAGAAGUUGUGCUACGCCGCCCUGGACUUCGAGCAGGAGAUGGCCACUGCCGCACAGUCUUCCAGUCUGGAGAAGAGCUACGAGCUGCCGGACGGACAGGUCAUCACCAUCGGCAACGAGAGGUUCCGCUGCCCAGAGACACUGUUCCAGCCUUCUUUCAUCGGAAUGGAGUCUGUCGGCAUCCAUGAGCUGACGUACAACAGCAUCAUGAAGUGCGACAUCGACAUCCGUAAGGACCUGUACGCCAACACCGUGCUGUCCGGCGGCACCAGUAUGUUCCCCGGCAUCGCCGACCGUAUGCAGAAGGAGAUCACCGCCCUGGCACCCAGCACCAUGAAGAUCAAGAUCAUCGCUCCUCCCGAGAGGAAGUACUCCGUGUGGAUCGGAGGAUCCAUCCUUGGUUCCCUGUCCACCUUCCAACAGAUGUGGAUCAGCAAGCAAGAGUACGACGAGUCCGGGCCGUCUAUCGUCCACCGUAAAUGCUUCUAGAUUUAUCAUAUGUUUUCACUUUAUUGAAUUAAUGUUGAUUUAAAACGAGUUGUGUGGUGAUAACUACGUGGCGUUGGUAACGUUAUAGGCAAGAUGUAAAAUAUCUUUGUAAAAUUCUAUGCAAUCUUGUUGAGCUUUGCCUACGAACUUUAUUCAGGGCUGGUCCUUGGUGACACUAUGUAAAUAGUCUAGGGUUAGCGAUACAUACUUAUGUUAGAUACAUUUUACUACUGUCAGCAAUACGUGCUGUUUUAUUUCAUAUACCGAAUGAAGCAAACAAUACAUUGGAACUAUUUAUUUAGUGUAGUCAAUGGUGCAAAGUAGAAUUGUCAUAGUCUGUAAUUCAGUGGAAUGAACUGGUAACGUUCACGUUUUAUUGCGUUUGUUUACCACCACAACAGCCAACGUUAUAUGUUGUAAUCAUGCCGUUCUUCGAGCUGUUUGUGUAGGCCUAUAGGGUGCUAACGUUACAUUCAAAGUCUGUAAUAAAACCAUUUUCCUUUGA